AACGGCGCUGUUUUGUUACAAACCAAAGAAACCCUAACCAAACUCAAGCACCCCACCACCUCACUGACUCACUCCUCCUUCCAGCCCCCUUCCUGAAUCAGAAAGCAACCCAGCUAACCCUAGCCUCUAAACUCCAAAGGCUCAAACGGCAACCCUAGCCUUCACCACCGUCGUCGUCUUUGUCGAGCAGCUUCGUCGUGGUAGCCGUCGUCUUCGUCUGCCCUCUGGUCGCUUUCGUCCUCGUCUGCCCUCUGAUCGCCGUCGUCCUCGUCUGCCCUCUGGUCGCCGUCGUCUUCGUCUGCUCGUCGAAGGUCAGUGCUCAGUGCUCCCAUUGUCUCUUUUUUGCGUCGCGAUAGCUCCGCCGUGCUUGUUCGUGAGGUCGCGGUGAAGCACACCCGCAGAACCACUAGCGCCACCACCGUUCAUCGCACCUCCAUCCUCGUUGCCAUUUAGCACCCUGUCGCUGCCUUCAAUCGCGGUUUCUUCUCCUUCCUCGUUCAUUGCUUUGCUCCGCCGUGCGAAAACAGAUCCACAGUGAGUGAGAAUGCUUCUGUUUGAAUUACACUACUACCAUGAUCCACUCAAGAAAUAAGAUAUUAAACACAGCUACUACCGUCGUUGUUGCUGCCUGUACUCAGCACCGCCACCACUCCUACUACCGCCGCCGCACCACACUUUCCGGUUCCUCUACAUUGUUGUGCUUCGUCUCUGCCCCUGCGAACUACUCAGCACUCCUCAGCCCUCAGUCAGAUUCAGUCCCUCCCCACUCUCCUCUGAGAUUUGAGAAGAUGAAGCACGAGGCUGAGGCUGAAGCUAAGGUUCUCCCUCUUGAAUUGGUGGAGAAAAUCCUAUUAUGGUUGCCGGUAAAAUCCUUGAUUCGGUUCAGGUGCGUCUCUAAAAAAUGGCUUUCUCUGAUUUCGGAUUCACGUUUUGUUAAAGUACAUUACGACACUGCUGAUGCCGCACCCACCAAUAAGAACACUAGGCUUUUGUACUUGUCGAGUGAGGUUCCCGAGGCUCGUUGUGUAGAUCUGGAAGCUCCGAUUCGCGGCGAUUAUGCGCUUCAGCUUCCUCGAUGCUGUCGUCAUUUCAGCCUGAGUAUUCUAGGUUCAUCCAGGGGCUUCAUACUGCUGCGCAUUCAUGUUUAUGGCGCACCGCUCCUUUUGUGGAACCCUGUCACUGGUUCUUACAGGUCAGUGCCGUACCCUGUUGUUGACCCUGAUGCUUCUUGUUGGACGGGAUCAGAUAAUUUAUGGGGUGGUCUUGGUUAUGAUGAAUCCAGUGAUGAUUAUUUAGUAGUAGUAGGAUGGGGUAACGGACAUGAAUGGAGACCUCAGUGGGAGUAUUUUUCUGUUAGAACCAAUUCCUGGAAAAAAAUUGAGUGUGGCCAUCUUCCGCCCCAUUUGGUUACCAUUGAAAGUGCACUGUUUUGCAAUGGGGUUCUUUAUUGGUUGGCCGUUAAAGAUAUGGAAGUGAAGUUUGUGAUUGUUGCCUUCGACUUAGCCGGAAAGCAUCUAUCAUUGGUGUCAUUUCCAACGUCAGGAGGCCGGCUGUUAAAUCUGUUUGCUGGAUGCCUUGGGCUAUAUUACUUGAACUUCACGGAAGACCACCAGAAGUUUGAGAUCUGGGUAAUGAAAGAAUUAUCUUGGACUAAGCUCAAUGUUGUGCUUCCUUAUGCUCAUGGAAUCCACCCUUUGUGUUUAACUAAAGGUGAACUUGUUGGCAUAAAAAACAAUGAGUUAGUCAAAGUCAGUGAUAAAGGUGUAUCGGUGGAGUCUCUAAGAAUUAGUUGUCGUGACAAUGACUUGAAGAUGGUUAUGUUUACUCAGAGUUUGCUGUCACUUCCGGACGAGUUUGGCUGCACAGGGGAAGAACAAGGAAAGUAGGGCUCUGGUGUGCAUGUUUCAGCAAGUUAGAGCAUCUUUGAUAAGGUGUUUUAUAUAUAUCUUCUAUCCAGACUCAACAUUACAACAUAUGCCUUCUAAAUUUUGUAUUAAAUGUAUUGUUUUAGGAUUAAUGGACUUAUGCUCUUGUUUUGUUCUUGUUCUUAGAAAGGGAUGGAUUGUAAAUUGCACAAUACUUGAUUAAGACUAAUGGAAUUUUUCUGUCGAUAUUUCUA